CCUCUGGUUGGAACAUCAUCUACACCUGUACAAUUAACAACUACAGCAGCCUCUGCAUCCAUCCCAGGAGUGACAACUGCAGAGAACACCACACAGCACUCAACAACAGAAUCCACACCAAACUCAACAACAGGGAACAAUCUCCCAACAAAAGCAAAUAUUACACAGGUCCCUCCAACUACACUGAGCAGCUCUCAACCAUCGACAACUCAGAACAUGACAAUUUCAACAAGGGAUGUCAGUUCCACAACACCAGUUACACAGGUCCCUCCAACUACACUGAGCAGCACUCAACCAUCGACAACUCAGAACAUGACAAUCUCAACAAGUGAUGUCAGUUCCACAACACCAGUUACACAGGUCCCUCCAACUACACUGAGCAGCACUCAACCAUCGACAACUCAGAACAUGACAAUCUCAACAAGUGAUGUCAGUUCCACAACACCAGCUGUAACUGGUCCGACCACAACUCCUCUGGUUGGAACAUCAUCUACACCUGUACAAUUAACAACUACAGCAGCCUCUGCAUCCAUCCCAGGAGUGACAACUGCAGAGAACACCACUCAGCACUCAACAACAGAAUCCACACCAAACUCAACAACAGGGAACAAUCUCCCAACAACAGCAAAUA